AUGACUGCGAUUAUGACUCUAAUGGGCCUAGUCAGGAUAGUCACAAUUCUACAAGGAGGUGCAAAUUCAGUAGCGCAGUGCCAGCGUGUUAUGCAGUUUGUGCUCGCGGACGCAUAUGGUAAGGCUGUCCAAGCAUUCCUAGACGAUUUUGGGAUCAAAGGACCAAAGACGACCUAUAACGACGAGAUGGCGUUUUCUGGAGUUCGCCGCUAUAACCUAGACGAGACCUUAUACCUCCUAGAGCUUGCUGGGAUGGUGAUUUCGGCCGAAAAGUCGCAGUUUACCAUAAGUGGAGUUGCGGUGGUUAGCUGGGUAUGUGAUAAAGAUGGGCGCCGCCUAGAUGAGGUGAAAGUUGCGAGAUUAGUCUUCUGGCCAGUACCUACCUCUGUUCCUGAAGUCCGCUUAUUUGUGGGACUAGUAGUCUAUUUUCGUGUCGUCGUGGAGAAGUUCGGAGUUAUUAUUGCCCCGCUAUACCUUCUUCUGAAGGCAGGUGCGGACUUCAAGUGGGAAGAUAACCAACAGCUGGCGUUUGAUGAGAUUAAGCGGAUUCUGUCAACCUUUCUAUGCGUCUUACCAAUAGACUAUGACUAG